AUGUGUUUCUUCCCCUCACUAUCUCCACUUGAUUCUUCUGCUUUUUCUCUCCCUCCCUUUUCCUCAUUCUCAAUUCAAAGUUUCUUUAUUUCUUUCUUUUCUUUCCCUUCUCUCUCUUCUUCCUUCUUUUUGCAUUAUUUCUCUCUUGCUCUCCUUUUCAUCUUCUUUGUUUUUCUUUUUGUCACUUCUCUCUCUGUGUCUUCAUGUUUCUUCCUCAUAUUGUCUCUUAGUGUGUCUUUUUUCUCACACUCCUUCUUUCAUUCUCUCUAUUUAUUUCUUCAUCUUUCUAUUUCUUUCUUUCCUUCUUUCUUUCUUUCUUUCUUUGCUUCUGAAAACCAUUUCUCUCUAAUUCUGUCUUUUUUAUCCUCUCUCUCCUUGUUCUUUCUCUUCUCUUUUCCUUCUUGUUUCAUUUUUAUCUCUCUCACCAUGUUUCUUUUUUUUUCAUGUUUCACCCUCUUUUCUUUUUCUCUUUCCAGGUUUCUACCUCUCCUCUCUCUACUUUCCCUCUCUUUCCACUUCAUGCUCCCAAUUUCUCUUUCUUUUCUUUUUUCUUCCUCUUUCUCACUCCUUCAUUCUAGUUAUUCUUCUUUUACUCUUGUUUCUUUAUCUUCUCCUUCUGUUUCUCCAUGUUUCUUCUUUCUCUUUCUCAGCUUUUCUUCUUUCUCUUUAUCUCUUCAAUUUUGUCCUCCUCUCUCCACGUUUCUUCCUCUUUCUCCUUUUCACAUUUUUUCUUCUUUCUCUCUCACUCUCUACAUCUGUUUAUUUCUCUUUCUAUUUUUCCAUUCUUUUCUCUUUUUCUCUUCUUCUCUGCCACAAUUUGUUUCUAAUUAUUUCAUCUUCUAUUUCUUUCUCUCUUUCUCCCCUUUUCUCUCUCCUUAUUUUUCCACUGUUUCACUUUCUUUCUUUCUUUCUUUCUUCAAUUUUAAUUUCUCUUCAUCCCAAAUUUUCUGCUCAUAUUUACCUUUCUCUCCUUUGAGAAAUGUUUUUCUUUUGUGUUUCCUUUUACACUCUCUUUUAGUCUUUCUUUCUUUCUUUCUUUCUUUCUUUAAACCCUUGCUUUCCUUAUCUUCUUUUUUCCUUUCUUUUAUUUUUCUUCGCCUACAUUGUUCAUGGUCUCUUUCCUUUUACAUUUCCUUUUUUCCUUCUUUAUUUCUUUGUUUUUUCUUUCCUUCCCAUUUUCUUUCUUUCUUUCUUUCUUUCUUUCUUUCUUUUCUUUUUCCCUUCUAUCUGCAUUUUAUUCUUCCCAAAUUCUUCCUUCCCCUUUAUUUUUUUCUUGAUUUUUUUCCCAAUUCCUUCCUUUCUUUUUUUUUUCUUACUUCUUUACUUUGCUUCUUGCUUUCUUUCUUCUGUACAUCUCAAUUUCUUUCUUUCUUUCUUUUUUUCUUUCUUUCUUUUUUCUUUCUUUCUUUCUUUCUUUCUUUCUUAACAAUGACAAUUUUUCUUCACAUCUCUUAUCUAUACUUAUAA